AUGGCAAACGACGUAUUCCGCGGGCCUCCAUCUCCAGUUCCUGUAGAUAGAGACAAAACUGAAUUGAUCGAGACUACCUAUCAUUCGCAGAUAGAGGUUACGCAAAAGCAAGAGGCAAAAGUCGUGAUCAAGCGAUUCCGCCACCAAACAGACCCACGAACACCGACUAAAUUCCUCAACGAAGUGGCUGCCCUCAAAGCCUCAGGCGGGCAUGAGAACACUGCAGAAAUCCUGGACUCCAGCCUCGCUGAACUUACCAUCACAUUGCGCUUUGAAGAAGGGCGAAGUCUAGAUAGACACAUCGACGACCGCUCACGAUCAACACUCUCCGCUGACGAUAGCAAUGUUGUCCUGACGCAAAUGGCCAGCGCUCUGGCCCAUCUGCAUAGGCGAUCUAUAAUCCACGACGAUGUCAAGCCGGACAACAUCAUGUGGUCGAGCUCUCAGCAACGUUCUGUGCUCAUUGACUUCGGUGCUGCCAUUAUCGACAUGCCCGAGGGCUACUUCAAUCCUUCGGGGACCCCCAGCUAUGCGCCGCCCGAGUUCUUGAAAAAGAGGAAAGACGCGAAGGGGGACAUUUGGGGAUUGGGAGUCACGAUGCUCUUCGCGUUUGGCUAUGUUGCACUGCCGGAUGGCGAGUGGCUUCUGCCUGCGGUCUUCGAGGAAGGCACUCCGAGACGAGAGAUGUUGGAGUGGCUGGCAGAGGUCGAGAUAAUGAAGCACAGGACUGAGAGAGGCAAUCCACUGCUCGCGGCAAUGUUGGAGACAGACCUGGGGAAAAGAAUUGGGAAUUCGGUCUCAUUCACUGAGUUCAAGAUGAGCCAGGAACAGUCUGCUUCUGCCAUCGGCAUUGCAACUCGGUCGGAGACGGAUUGGCUCCAUUACUGCUGGGCCGCUGCUGACGAAGACGGAGCAGCCCUGGAGACGGCGGAAGAGGGUGGAGAGAGCGAAGAGUCCGGCUGGGCGAUGAUCGUGCAUGGCUGUCAGCCAGUCUGCGAGCUGCCAUUUGCCAUGACCGUCGACUUCCGCGUGUGCCAUCUCUACUUCCUUCGUUAG